AUGGUGGAGCAGACAGGAAAGCAUGCCUUGGAACACAGCCCGCCUGCUGGGAGCCUGGAGCACAGCCCAGCUUUGUGCCAGGAGGGCAGUGCUGAUGGCUGCCAAGUCGUUCUGUGCACCUGGCUUAAACUGCAAUCACAGCUGCUCCUUUCUCCCUGGCCCCGGGGAAACCUCAGCCUUGGGGAGUCACUUUGGCCACUGUUGCAACCCCCAGUGAAUAAACAAGGGGAUAAGCCUGGUGAGGUGGAAUAUGUCUCGGACAUGAGGCUGAAGCCCCCCAAAUCUUGGAUCGAAGAAGUCUUCAGUAAAAGAGAAUGUUCCCACAUUAUUCCCAGCUCAAAAGAACCACACAGAUGUCCUACAGGAUGCCAGGUGUGCCAGAAUUUAAUCAGGUGCUGCUGUGGCCGGCUGAUUGGAGAGCACCCCGGAACAGAAUGCAGCUGGUCUGUUUAUCAGGCAGGCUCACAGAGCGAUGGUGGAGAAUGGUCUGUGCAAAAACACACAAAGAUGAGUCCGACAGACGCGUUUGGUACAAUCAAUUUUCAAGAUGGAGACCGCACGUACCAUGCCAAGUAUAUUAGACUUUCUUAUGACAGCAGUUUGGAUCAGCUGUUGCACCUGAUGGUUAAAGAAUGGCAGAUGGAAUUGCCAAAGCUAGUGAUCUCUGUUCAUGGAGGCAUUCAAAAUUUCAAGCUUCCCUCAAAGGUCAAGCAGGUUUUCAGCAAAGGGCUGGUGAAAGCAGCUGAGUCUACAGGAGCAUGGAUAAUUACAGAAGGCAUCAACAGCGGAGUGUCCAGGCACGUGGGGGAUGCACUCAAAGGCCGUGCCUCACCACACCUGAGGAAGAUCUGUGCUAUUGGGAUUCCUCCAUGGGGUAUCAUUGAGAAUCAGAGGGAUCUCAUUGGAAAAGAUGUAGUUUGCCUGUACCAGACUCUUGGUAACCCACUCAGCAAGCUGAGUACGCUCAACAGCAUGCAUUCUCAUUUUCUAAUGGCAGAUGAUGGGACAGUAGGCAAGUAUGGGAAUGAAAUGAUGCUCAGGAGGAAUUUGGAGAAGUACAUGUCACUUCAAAAAAUACACACAAGAAUGGGCCAAGGUGUUCCCAUGGUCGGGCUGGUGCUGGAAGGAGGUCCCAGUGUGAUCCUGAUGGUGUGGGAGUACGUGAGGGCCAGCCCAGCUGUGCCGGUGGUGGUCUACGAGGGCACUGGCAGAGCUGCAGAUAUCCUGGCCUUUGCCCACAAGCACACGGGGGACACGGGGGAUCUGUGCCCUCAGGUGAAGCAGGAGAUCUUAAUGAUGAUUCAGAACAUAUUUAGGUUGGAACAGAAGAAGUCCAGUCGUCUAUUUCAUGUUUUGAUGGAAUGCAUGAAACACAGAAAGUCUAUAACCAUAUUUGAUGCCGAGUCAGAAGACGAGCAGGACAUUGAUUUGGCAAUUCUGACGGCACUCUUGAAAGGUACGAAUAUAUCUGCUUCAGAUCAGCUAGAUUUGGCAUUGGCCUGGAACCAGCUAGAUAUUGCCAAGAAACACAUACUUGUUUAUGGACAACACUGGAAGGUUGGUGCCUUGGAACAGGCAAUGCUGGAUGCUUUAGUCAUGGAUCGUGUGGAUUUUGUUAAACUGUUAAUAGAACACGGAGUAAACAUGCACCGUUUUCUUACCAUAUCUCGUUUGGAAGAACUCUACAAUACAAAACAAGGACCAUUAAAUCUGCUUUUACACCAUCUAGUUCGAGAUGUGAAACAGAAUAGCCUUUCUUUGGAUUACAAGAUAUCACUGAUUGACAUUGGACUGGUGAUAGAAUACCUCCUUGGUGAAGCUUAUCAGAGCAGCUACACAAGGAAGCAUUUCCGAAUUCUCUACAAUGAUCUCUACAGAAAACACAAGAGAGUGGUCUCCAGCUUGCCUCAAAGCCUGUCUCAUGCCUUUCAUCAGAGUAAUCAGAUGGAUAGUGGAAUGGGAUCCACUGAAAGUACUUUGCAUUCUCAGUUCUUCAGGACUGCACAGCCUUACAAAUACAAGGAAAGAUCCAGCCCUUUCCCAAAGUAUAAGAAGAAAUUAAAAGAGGAUGUAAACUACACAGAGAAUUAUGAGUCAACUGGCUUCAUCUAUCCGUAUAAUGACCUCCUGGUUUGGGCAGUAUUAAUGAAAAGACAGAAGAUGGCUAUGUUCUUCUGGCAGCAUGGAGAGGAAGCCAUGGUCAAAGCUGUUGUUGCCUGUAAACUCUACAGAGCAAUGGCACAUGAAGCUAAACAGAGCAACAUGGUGGAUGACACUUCAGAAGAACUCAAGAAGUAUUCAAAGGAAUUUGGGCAGCUUGCCUUAGAUGUGCUGGACAAGGCAUUCAAACAAAAUGAGCAGAUGGCCAUGAAGUUGCUGACCUAUGAACUGAAAAACUGGAGCAACUCCACAUGCCUGAAGCUGGCUGUGUCCGUGGGGCUGCGGCCUUUUGUGUCCCACACGUGCACGCAGAUGCUGCUGACCGACAUGUGGAUGGGACGCCUGAAGAUGCGGAAGAACUCCUGGUUUAAGGUCAUUAUGAGUAUUCUCCUGCCUCCCACCAUCCUGAUGCUGGAGUUUAAAAGCAAGGCAGAAAUGUCUCAUGUGCCUCAGUCCCAAGACUUCCAUCAGUUAUGGUAUCAUGGGGAACAGAGCCCAGUCAGCUCUAAAGAGACUUUGGUUAGUCUGGGUUAUGAUGUAGAAAAGGCUGUUCAGAAGUCUGAUGAAAGCCAAGGAGAUGGUGGACAAGGAAACCUGACUGGAGCUAGAAAAAUCUAUGAGUUCUACAAUGCACCAAUUGUCAAGUUCUGGUUUCACACGAUGUCGUACUUGGCAUUCCUCAUGCUCUUUACUUACACUGUGUUGGUGAAGAUGGAACCAAGACCAAGUGUGCAAGAGUGGUUUGUUAUUAUUUAUAUUUUCACUACUGCUAUUGAAAAAGUCAGGGAGGUAUUUAUCUCAGAACCUGGAAAAUUCUGCCAAAAGGUGAAGGUGUGGAUUUAUGAAUACUGGAAUUUUACUGAUUCUGUAGCAAUCAUCCUGUUUAUGAUUGGUUUUGGUUUGCGGUGGUGCAACCCCCCUGUUCAAACUGCAGGGAGGCUGCUUUACUGCUUGGAUAUCAUAUUUUGGUACACUCGGCUCCUUGAUCUUUUUGCUGUGAAUCAGCAUGCUGGCCCAUACCUGACAAUGAUUGGGAAAAUGACAGGAAACAUGUUCUAUAUUGUGAUCAUGAUGGCCAUAGUCCUGCUGAGUUUUGGGGUGUCACGAAAGGCAAUUCUUUCACCAGAGGAGCCUCCUUCUUGGACCCUGGCACGGGAUAUUGUAUUUCAGCCCUACUGGAUGAUGUUUGGUGAAGUCUAUGCUGGAGAAAUAGAUGUUUGUGAAGCCAAUGAAGACUGUCCUCCUGGCUCCUUUCUCACACCCUUUCUGCAAGCUGUCUACCUCUUUGUGCAGUACAUCAUCAUGGUCAACUUGCUCAUUGCAUUCUUUAAUAAUGUUUAUUUUGACUUGAAAUCCAUCUCGAACAAGCUCUGGAAGUACAACCGUUACCGCUACAUCAUGACCUACCGUGAGAAGCCGUGGCUGCCUCCACCCUUCAUCCUCCUCAGUCACAUUGGGCUUCUGCUAAAGUGCAUCUUCCACCACCAGCCCCCAAAUGAGUCAGACCAAGAGGAAGGCGAUGUUGGACUAAAGCUCUACCUGAGUGAUGAGGAGUUAAAGAAACUCCAUGACUUUGAGGAACAGUGUGUAGAAGAAUAUUUUCUUGAAAAGAAUGAAAACCUGAGUUCCAGUGGCAGUGAAAGGAUCCGUUUGACCACAGAAAGAGUGGAAGAGAUGUUUCAACAGCUUAAAGAAGUGCAUGAGAAGGUAUUCUAUAUCAAGGAGUCUUUACUCUCCCUGGACAGCCAACUAGGACAUUUGCAAGACCUGUCUGCCCUGACAGUGGACAUCCUGAAAGUGCUUUCUGCUGUAGACACCUUGAAGGUGGAAGAAGCCUUACUGGCUGACACAAAACUUCAAACCUGUAGGAAGCUGCCCCAUAGCUGGAGCAAUGCAUUCUAUUCCAAGACCUUGAGCAGUCUGGAGGGCUUGUGUGACAAGAAAUACCACUAUUACAGCAUGCCACCCUCCCUCUUACGGAGCUUGGUAAGGACUCAGUCUCCAUCAGAGUGCAAACUCUUGAAGUCUGAGGGUGACAAGGUGGUAGAAGACAGCUCUCAGAAGGUAGAAAUAGAAACAGACACACUCACUUCAGGAGUAUCCUCUGAGACUAGGUCGACUCCUAGGUAUGGGCAGUUUUUGCUGGUGCCCCCUGACCAUCAGGGAGGGACUUUUCCUGAGGAUGUCACCUUAAGUUUGUCCUUUUUGAACACUGCUGCCAAGUACAAGGAUGAAGCAUUCGGAGAUGACCUGCAAAGUAGCAUUGUGGUUCCUCAAAACUUGCCGGGUAUCAGCUUCCUUGGCAAAGAGACAGAAGAUUGCCAGUGGAGCCAGAGAGACUUUGUUAUUCAUUUGCCAUCAGAAAAGAUUGAUGCUGCAGAAGCUGAUCAUCCUCUUGAUCUCCAGCUACCACUGGAUAUUGAAGAAAGUGUAGCAUCCCCCUGUGAUGACAGGGAAGAAACUGAAGGUGGUUAUGUGAACUGGGGAUUCUCUGAAGGUGAUGAAAAAGGAGUUUUCAUCUCAAAUUCAAAGAAGAAAGCUCUGUGCCUCCAUUCCUUCUAUGACAGGGAUAACAAUUGCCAGAACAAUCCCACCAGGCACGUCCAGUUAAGUCAUUCGAAGUCCUUCUCCUACAGCUCAUUCAAGUCAUGUCCCAGCAGCAUCAUCUCUCAGAACAGGCUGAAGAGAAGCAUCUCCUUCUGGAUCAGCCCUCUCUGGAGGGACUGGAGUUUCUGCAGAAGCAACAGCUUACCGUCCCCUAAGAAAGAGAGAUCAGGGAAAGUCUGCAAGGCCAUAGGCGAAUCUUUAGGAUCCUGUGAGCUACACCACAGUGAGACAGCAAAAGCAGAACAGCAAAACAGAGACAGAAAGUCUGGGAGAGGAAAGAGGAAUCAAAAACCUCUUCAGGUGCCGGUGAUUAGAGUGGAUGAUUGUCCCCAGAACACUCAAGUGAACUCAGAGCCUGCAGAAAUCAAUGUCUGGGAUGAGCAGGAGAAACACAGCAAGAAUUGGCUCACCGUGUCUAAUUUCAGUCAGCUAAGUUUGGAACGUCUCCAUUACAAGCACCAGAAAAUUAAAAAUCCAGACUUUGGUAGGCAUACCAUACCAUUCUGUGAUUACCUGAGGCAUUCUCGAGAGGAUUUCAGUAAUAGCGUAUUUGGAAAUAUCAAGAAAAGUAAUCUGAACAGGAACUCCUCAUUGAGAUCUCCAGAGGAAACUGACAAUAUCUUCUCCUGCUUGAAAACAUCUCAAGAUUUGCAUCUUCACUACUCAGCUGUUGAAAGAAACAACUUAAUGAGACUUGCUCAGACCAUACCAUUUACACCAGUCCAGCUCUUUGCUGGAGAGGAAGUGACAGUCUAUCAGCUAGAAGAGAGUUCACCUCUGAAUCUUGAUAAAAGCAUGUCAUCCUGGUCCCAGUGUGGCACAACUGCAAUGAUCCAAGUCCUGUCACGGGAGGAGAUGGAUGGGGGUCUGCGGAGGGCCAUGAAGGUCAUCUGCACUUGGUCUGAGAGUGAUGUAUUAAAGCUGGGACAGGUUUUCAUUGUGAAGUCUUUCCUGCCAGAGGUGGUUCAAGCUUGGGAAAAGAUCUUUCACCAUGGCACAGUAUUACAUCUCUGUCUCAGGGAGAUUCAACAGCAAAGAGUUGCCCAGAAGUUAAUCUAUACCUUCAACCAAGUGAAGCCUCAUACUAUUCCCUAUACUCCAAGGUUCCUGGAAGUUUUCCUCAUCUACUGCCAUUCAGCAAAGCAGUGGUUGACCAUCGAGAAGUACAUGACUGGUGAAUUUCGGAAAUACAACAACAACAAUGGAGAUGAGAUUACUCCCAUCAGCCUGCUGGAAGAGCUAAUGCUGGCCUUCUCUCACUGGACCUACGUCUACACCCGUGGGGAGCUCCUGGUCCUGGAUAUGCAAGGUGUUGGGGAAAACCUUACAGAUCCAUCUGUGAUUAAACCUGAAGAUAAAAAGUCUGGAAAAAUGGUAUUUGGACCAGCAAACCUAGGAGAAGAUGCAAUAAGAAACUUCAUUGCAAAGCAUCGUUGUAAUUCUUGCUGCAGAAAGCUGAAACUUCCCGAUUUGAGAAGAAGUGACUACAUGCUAGAAACUGCUGGUCCAGCCUUUGGAAUAGAAGUGGAAGCAAGCACUGAAGAAGCUGAUGAUGCAGAUAAGCCUUCUGAGUGUGAUACACGGCUGUGA